AUGGCUUCCUUUAAAACUGGUCCACGCAAGCCAUAUAGCCGUCCUACGGGUCCUCGAGGCGACGUAGACGGCCAAUGGUUGCAUGACAAGGCACCGACAGGCCCGAGAGCGACACGACAGAACAUUGGGCUAGGUGUCAGCCCCGCGACAACGACAACUCCAAACAGCAAGCUUGUCGUCUCAAAUUUGCACUAUGAGAUUACGCCGAAAGAUCUUACUGCCAUCUUUGGACAAAUAGGCACGCUCGUUCGCGAGCCAUUAAUCAGGUACGAUCGAAGUGGCCGCUCCUCAGGUACCGCGUUCAUCGCGUUCGAAACAAACGCCGAAGCAACUCGAGCGAAGAAGCAGUUUGAUGGAAUUCUUGCCAAGGGACAACCGAUGGAAAUCGUCUUUGACGCCUUGCCGCCUCGCAACCCCCGUCGAUCAGCAAGUGUGCCCUCAACCUCGUCGCUUCUCAACAGAAUACAAAAGCCGCCUCUGGUCGACCGACUCAGCCGCGACGAUUCUUCUAUCAAGACCCCCUCUGGACCUCGCGCAGGAAACAACGUUGGUCCCAUCCGCUCUCGACCAGGACGUGGAGCUGGUGGAACUGCCCCCGCAACACGUGCACCCAAAGCCCCCAAGAAGCCAAAAACUGCGGAAGAGCUCGACAAGGAACUCGACGCAUUCAUGGGCGAUGCUCCGGAACCAGCUGCUGUGGCGGGGGAGAAUGGGGAUGUGGAGAUGGCUUGA